CGCCCCCUUCCGCAAUCAAUAACACCCCCAGUUCCCCAGCGGACCUCAGAAACUCCAAAAGCUUUGACCGGUGCUGUCACCCUACAGACCAAAUCUAUAAUCAUGUCACUGAGAGACUGCCAGCCCAGGAAAACCCGGUGUCCCUUUCCUGUUGUGUAGGCGUGGAAGGAUGCUGGGCUCCCACUCUCAACCACAAGCAAUGAAGCCUGCAAGCUGUUCGAUGCCACCUUGACCCAGUACGUCAAGUGGACCAAUGACAAGAGUCUUGGUGGCAUCGAGGGCUGCUUGUCAAAGCUUAAGGCAGCAGAUCCAACCUUCGCCAUGGGCCUUGCCAUCUCUAACGGCCUUGUGCUCAUUGGCACGGGAACCUCCGUGAAGCUGGACAAAGACCUGGACCUGGCUGUGAAGACCAUGGUGGAAUUUUCUCAAACCCAGACUCUGACGCCCCGGGAGCGGCUGCAUGUGUCUGCGGUGGAGAUGUUUGCCAAGGGGAACUUCCCCAAAGCCUGUGAACUCUGGGAACAGAUCCUCCGGGACCACCCGACAGACAUGCUGGCCCUGAAGUUUUCCCACGAUGCCUACUUUUACCUGGGCUACCAGGAGCAGAUGCGCGAUUCCGUGGCUCGAGUUUACCCCUUCUGGACCCCUGACACCCCCCUUAGCAGCUAUGUGAAAGGGAUCUAUUCUUUCGGACUGAUGGAAACCAACUUCUAUGACCAGGCACAGAAGCUCGCCAAAGAGGCUCUAUCUAUCGAGCCCACAGACGCGUGGUCAGUGCACACUGUGGCCCACAUACACGAAAUGAGAGCAGAGAUCAAAGAUGGGCUGGAGUUCAUGCAGCAUUCCGAAGGCCACUGGAAGGACUCCGAUAUGCUCGCCUGCCAUAAUUACUGGCACUGGGCCCUGUACUUGAUUGAAAAGGGAGACUACGAGGCAGCACUAACCAUCUACGACAGCCAUAUCCUCCCCAGCCUGAAGGCCAGUGGCGCCAUGCUGGAUGUGGUGGACAGUUGUUCCAUGCUCUACCGUCUUCAGAUGGAAGGGGUGUCCCUUGGGCAGCGGUGGCAGGCUGUACUACCCAUGACCAAGAAGCAUACCCGGGACCACAUCCUUCUGUUCAAUGAUGCGCACUUCCUGAUGGCCUCGCUGGGUGCACAGGACCUCCAGACCACGCAGGAGCUGCUGACCACCCUGCAGGAGGCCAGCAAGUCCCCAGGGGAGAACUGCCAGCACCAGUUAGCGAAAGACGUUGGGCUGCCCCUAUGCCAGGCCCUUGUGGAGGCUGAGAACGGAAACUCUGACCGAGUCAUAGAACUUCUCCUGCCAAUCCGAUACCAAAUCGUCCAGAUUGGGGGCAGCAAUGCCCAGAGAGAUGUCUUCAACCAGCUGCUGAUUCAUGCGGCCCUCACCUGCACCUCCAGCGUCCAUAAGAAUGUGGCCCGGAGCCUUCUGAUGGAGCGUGACGCCUUGAAACCCAACUCACCCCUGACGGAGCGGCUGAUCCGCAAGGCAACAGCUGUCCAUCUUAUGCCGUGAUGGCCAGCAGGGCCCUGGCCUGCAGCUCAGCACUGACCUCCUGGCAUUAGAUUGGCUGCCUGGUUGGGAUAGGAAGUAGCUGGGUCUGUUCAUCAGAGGAUAAAGUUUAGUCCCAGCAGAACUCCCCAAAUCAGUAGUUUGGUAGAAACAGGGAAAACAAGUUAAUUUUGAGUGCUUUUCGGAACUCCCCUCAGGGCCAACAUGCUUUUUUAAGCCUCCAGAACCAAAGCAGUGCUGUUAUUUGCAGGUGCCUUGUAUUUUCUCCUGCUGAAGCCAGCAGGCAGCGAAGAGGUGUGGCUAGUUCAUCCGGGAGGUCUAGAAGUGCUCUCCCCACACCCAGCAGGCUGGGCAGAGGUGUGGCCAGCUCAGCUGGGAGGUUUAGAAGUAUACACUCACACACACACGUACACAUACACACACAAACAUGCACUGAACUAGCAGAACCUUUUCAUUUAGUUUUCCUUAUAGUCUCACAGGUCUUGCUGUCCCAUUUCCUCCCGAGAGGAUUCCAGUGAGCUGCCUAGGGUGCCAGUGUACAGUGGCUUUUCCUUUUUGGGGGAGGGCAUCUGUCUCAUUGGCUUUGGUUGUUAGCCCCAGACUAUAGCACCUGCCACCAUCCCCAAAGAUGAGGGGAAGGAUGCCUUCUGCCUCCCUGGGGGAUUUGGUGGUGCCAAGUUGAGCUUCUCUUUAAACUGCACAUGGGAGUAAAGCUUUAGGGGUGUGGCUUCCUUGGCUAGCUCUGAUUCUGCUCCUAUGAGUGGGUCUGAGACCCCAGUUGUCCUAGUUAGGGUAUUAUUGCUAUGAAGAGACACCAUGACCAAGGCAACUCUUAGAAAGGAAAACCAUUCAUUGGGGCUGGCUUACAGUUCCAGAGGUUCAGUCCAUUAUCAUCAUGGUGGGAGCAUGGCAGCAUCCAGGCAGGCGUGGUGCUGAAGAGCUGAGAGUUCUACAUCUUGCACGGAAAGCAGCAGAAGGAGACUGUCUUCUGCUUUGCAGUCAGCAGGAAGGUCUUUUCUGCACUGGGUGGAGCUCGAGUAUAGGACCUCAAGGUCCACCCCUACAGUGUCACACUUCCCCCCAACAAGGACACACCUUCUAACAGUGUCAAUCCCUGUGGGCCAAGGGGGCCAAACCUAUUCAAACCAUUACAUCAGCUUGAGGCUGCUCUGCUUGGCAAAUAACCAGAUAAUUGGCAUUGCUGCCACCAGGUUUAAACCCAUCUCUUGCUUCUGUGACAGGGAUACCCCUCCUGGAAAUUGAUGCAGUCUUGUUGCUGUCCUCCAGAAGGGGAGGUGCAAGGGCAAAGAUGUUCCUCCCGGUUCAGUGAUGAGCAGUCGUGAGCGGGGUGGUGGGGUCAGGGUAGAGGUCUCCAACCAGUGAGCUUUGCUCAGCCUGCUCGGAGUUCCUAAAGUCUGCUCAGGACUGGACAGGUUCUGGGCAUUAUAACAAUUUAGUUCGGGGCUGGAGAGAUGGCUCAGCGGUUAAGAGCACUGACUGCUCUCCCAGAGGUCCUGACUGCAAUUCCCAGCAACCACAUAGUGGCUCACAACCAUCUGUAAUGAGGUCUGAUGCCCUCUUCUGGUGUGUCUGAAGACAGCUACAGUGUACUCAUAUAAAUAAAAUAAAUAAAUCUUUAAAAAAUUUUAAUUCAUCCCUUUGACUACCCUCUCCUAUGGGCACCUCUGAGUGAAGAAAUAAAGUUUCAUAGUUUCAUAGAUAUGAGAAACAAAGUUAUAAACACAUGGUUUUGAGAAAUACAUCUGGUGGUCAGGAUGCCUAUGACAAACUUGUGACCUUUCUGAGAGAUGCAUCUGACAUCAUGAUAUCCAGUGAUAUGAAAGAGGUUUUGGUGAUCAAGAUUCUGACUAAGCUAAUUAACAAAGAAAAACAACUGUUCUCAGAAAGACCUCCUACCCCUCCCUGUGGUAAAUUCCAAGAACAACCUCAAGAUGUCAUCCUGACCCUGCCCGACCACCCAGUUCACUCCCCCUCUAAGGGACGUGCCAACUUAGCCCUUUCCCAGUGAUUCACCAAGGCCAGGUGUAGGGCUGGAUGAGGAAAGUGACCAACUGAGCCAAGAACAGCGCCUUGAGCAGGCCAGCCAAUACCUGACCAGAUCCUUUGUCCUGUGUACCACCAAUGAGAAUGGGCCAGCUAACCCUGUUGCUGAAAUCUACCCUCUGUAACGAAUAAAAGUUGUGUGCUUUUUGGGUUCGGGGUUGCCUCUCCCUGCGUGGAUGAGCAGCCCCACGUACGUGGAAUAAAAAACCUCAUGCUA